AUGUGUAUUUCGAAUAAUUCAGGUUUCUCGCUCGGCUUUUAGCACGCGCUUUCUUACAGAGUUUUCUAAAAUAUAUUAUUAAUAUAGCCACCUGUAAGUAUUCCAUGAAAAUCAUUCAAACAUGUUGACGCGCUUAACUGACUUAAUUCCUUUUGUCCUCUGUGAUUAUUGGGCCAAAUUCAAACAUAUUAGCUUUAGUAAAACGCCUUUUCAAUUUCUAUUCAGGUUUUAUCCCUGUUUGUUUUCUGUUAUGAUAUCUCGAAAACCCCAGGCUGACUCACACUCCGACUCAGCUACCAAAACAUUUGAAGGGAAACCACAAAACCACCGCCAUUCAAAAUAGUAACUGUUUGUUUCAACCAUUUGAACUUGACAAUAACAUACAACUACCAUUGAGCGUUUUUUUUUUUUAGUGUUUGCAAUUCCUCUUGGUCAGUAAGGAGACAAUCUUUUGACAAAAUAACAUUUGCGAAAUCAGAAAUCCUCGACUGAUUCUGUCGGUAGCUCUACAUCACUAAUUCAUUGAAAUAAGGCAAUAAAUAAUACCUUAAAAGGUGUCAUUAUUAUCCAUAGAGCGUUAAUCACACGCGUUGCAAACCGCCACACCAAGGAAUAUUCAUCAACCGGGUGUAGUGAAAUAGCAGCAUGUUGUACAUGCUGGUGUGAUUCAGUUGAGUACGCCACACAAGGUGGCAACUUACACUGACUAUUAACGCACCUCUCCUUGUCUGGCAGAUAAUAGGAAAACCGCGAUAUUCAUGCAAAUGUCAAAUGUUCGCGUCAGACGCAGCUAAAUAAUAAAAAAACGAAGAAUCAUUUCAAGCCAACAGGUGCAGUUUUUCCGAGGCCAGUGUCAGGGUAUAAUAGCGAGUGUCUAAACCAGAAAGCUUCACCUCACCAGGUGUAGAAGUGAAACUGAAGAUGGCUUCCAAGCUAUACGAAGUCGUGGCCGCUGUAGAACACGAAGUUAGCUGUCCUGUUUGUUUGGAGGAGUUUCAAGAGCCAAAAUGUUUACCAAAUUGUGCUCAUAACGUGUGUCAGGAAUGUUUAGAAGAGAUGACGAGUAAGACAACGCUAAGCAGUAUCGAAUGUCCGGUUUGCCGCGUCGAGUCGUUCAUUCCAAGUGCUGGUGUAUCGGCGUUUCCAAAGAACCAUUUACUAGCACGACUGAUUGAAAAAAAUCCUUCCAGAAAUACCAAAGACAAUGAAUUCAUCAAGGAGGCGCUGAAAAGAAGUAAAGAAAAUCUUGAGGGAUUAAAACACGCCAUUCAGGAAAUGGAUGCACGUCGAAAUUCGAUAAAGAAACAGGCAGAGAGCCUAAAACAAGAAAUACACAACGCAGCAGAUGAAGCUGUCAAGAUGGUUCGCGAUCAAGAGGAGAUAUUGCUUGUUGAAGUUGAUCAAUACAUGAAUAACAAUUACCCCGAAACUACCUUCAACAAACAAAAGGAGAAGUUAAAUAAUCUGCUUGCAAAGACUUCCCAUUGUGUUGAAAGCGUUGAAAAGAAGAAAAGUGGAAUUAAAAGUGCUUGCAUGAGGCAAGUGCAGCAUUUAGAGGAGCUUGCUAAAGUUGCUGGCGUUCAAAUUCUUUCAGCAAGACGAAAGUGCUUUCGCAAGUUUGAACUAAAUUUUGCAAGAUGUGAAUUUUCUCAAAAAUCAGUGGAGAGUAUUGUUGGAGUUGUGAGCGUUAAAAAAGAUCUCGAUAACGAUAAACAUUUACUAGCUGGCCUUAACGAAAGCCUCAGCAAUGAAAAAGUCAUAAAACAUAUCGACGGAUGUAAAAUCAAUGUUCCUAAUUUUUUCCCGUUUGCAGUGACGGUGUCGAAGAAAAGUGGCGAUAUAGCGGCCUUAGAUGCCGAAAAUAAACGCGUACAUAUUUUUGAUCGCGAAGGAAAUCAUCUGAGCCAAUUUCUGUUCAUAUUUGGGGACUUCUGGGACAUCACGUAUUCGCCAAACGAUGAAAUUGUGGUAUUAAAUAGAGAAAAUAAUUCUCUGUUACAUUAUGAUCGCUGUGGAAACUUAAAGAAGAAGUUUCCGACAAUUCCAAGGCCGAAAGUGAAAUUCACUUUUUUGUCUCACGAUUCAACCGGACGCUUUCUUGUUACAUCAAGCCCGAGAUAUCAAGAGCUCGCUUCAGAAACCGAUGCUUGUGUUCUCAUUUACAACGUAAACGGAAAAUUAGAAUCUGUGUUUGGAGAAGGAAAGUUGUCGUCCCCCAAAAAGGCAGUUUCCCUUGAUGGGGAAUUCUUUGUCCCUGAUGCUGACAGUAAGAGUGUGAAGGUUUUCAGCCAGGAAGGAGAAUUUCGUCGAGAAAUUGGAGAGGGAAUGCUUGAAGAUCUAGCUGGGAUUGACGUUGAUUGUGAAAAUGGACGCAUUUUGGUGUGUGACUGCGACAGCUAUGCUGUUCACGUGUAUAGCAAAGAUGGUACAUUGGUGAGGACCAUUAAAACAGCCGCACCCCCGGUUGAAAUCGCAUUGUCAAGGGACGGAAAAAAACUUGUGGUUUGUUUUGACGGGGAUAAAGCAAAAUGUUUCCAGAUUCUGUCUUACACAGAGGAAAAUGAACAGGGUUACCAAUCAACCCUUUGAGACUGCUUACAUAGACUGCUUACAUGGAUUUUCGCAAACCCUAUGACGUCUAGUCCUCAAAGCGAAGGUAUAAUAUGAUUCGGUUCCUAUGUUAUCAAAUGUGAUGUACAGUUAUAGGUCCAUAGAUAAAUACACAUUGGUAAAAUGAAAUAAAGAUGAAAAUCACCGUUUAUUGCGUCGGCUAAUACCGUCUGGAAAAAACCCCGCAGUUUUUCCUCUGUGUAUCAAGUAGGUCUCUCGUGCCUUACGAAGGAAAGCAUUGGCGGUCGAUGGCUGUUGGUUAUGAUUCAGGAGGAAUAAGCUCCAUGUCACAAAGAGAGUGGAUGGCAAGUUGUAAUGUGUGGUGUGAACCCGGGGGGUAGGUACUCCCUUAUAUGGGCUAUAUAGGUAUGUACGGCCCUAGAGGCUGAGGUUUUACAUCCGUUUUGGUCAUAAAUAGGGUAUCGAUUUUGGCCAUUUUGGUCCUAAAUAGGGUAUGGUUUUAGCACUGUAGUC